AACAAGGUCAAAGGAACAAGAAAACCACAGACAUAUAACACUGUGUUUUCCCAGUGAUUUUAUACACACUUGACAUCAAGUAAAGCAUAGAAGCAGAGCUCUCUCUGGAACACCACAAAAUCUUUCUUGAGAUUCUGAAGGCAGUGAUCUGAAAACCAAGUUCAUGGCAAUGUUGAGAAGUCUGCUGCUUCUGUUCGUCGUGUUCUCCACGGGAAAUGCAGCUGGUAAACCAGAUAAAGGUAGACCAUGCCAGUAUGGAUGGACAGAUUUUGAAACCCGAUGCUACAAGUUCUUCUCUCAGUCGGCUACAUGGAUUGAAGCAGAGAGAAAAUGUAUUGCUCUGAAUGCACAUCUUGCAUCUGUGAAAAAAGAAGAAGAAAACUCUUUUCUGCUGGGUCUGUUGCCUUCUCCUACUACACUAUGUUGGAUUGGUGUUCAAGAUGCUGUGGAAGAAGAAGAGUGGUUGUGGAGUGAUGGUACUAAUUAUGACUACAACAACUGGUGCACUGGUGAACCUAACAAUCUGAAUGUUGAGAACUGUGGAGAGAUCAACUGGACCUCUGACAAAUGCUGGAAUGAUUCGCCCUGUACAAACACAAAGGGCUAUAUCUGUGCUAGAUGAUCAGAGAUGGACUGCCCCGUUGUUCCACCGUAACUUUGUACUACAUCAAAAGUUUCUGAACUUCUUGACAAAACAUCCUCCACUUUAAUUUCUUAAUACGGAAUUACUCAAUAAAAUCAUUGAAACCAACCU